AUGAAGGUCUCAACUUUGACAAUUAUUUGCUCAGCAAUCCUUUCAGUCAACGCCACUGCCUUUGACGGCUCUAAAAAAUUGGGCGUAGUUAAGAGAGCCGACGGUGACUCGUCUUCAGAAGCCGCUGCUACUGGCUCAGGCUCAACUGAAGAUUCUGAGUCAACCGAAGAUUCUGAUUCUACUGCCACUGGGGGCGGAUCUGACGAGACUGAAGAUUCAAGCGCUACUGAAGGCGGAUCUGACGAGACUGAAGAUUCAAGCGCUACUGAAGGUGGUUCCGAAGAGACUGAUGACUCUUCUUCCACCGAAGAGGGUUCCGAUGAAACCGAAGACUCCAGUUCUACCGAAGGAGGUGAAGAAGAAACUGGAGAUUCUACUGCUACUGAUGACUCAGAGGAAACUGGAGAUUCUACUGCUACUGAUGAUUCAGAAGAAACUGAAGAAUCUGGCGCUGCAGGUGGUGGUUCGGGUGGAAGCUCUACCAGUGGUGGUUCCAAGAGUUCAACCAGUGGUGGUUCCAAGAGCUCUACCAGUGGUGGUAGCGGAUCCAGUGGAAGCUCUUCUUCCAGUGGUAGUAGCGGUGGAUCUAGUGGAAGUUCCUCUGCUGCCGGUAACGGUCUUUUGGCCAACCCAGGUGCUGGAAUGGUUGCUUUCGGAGCUAUUGUUGGAGCUUUGUUGAUCUAA